UAUUUUUAAAAAACAGAUGAAGAAGAAGAGUCAAGAUGGCCGCCGGCUGCUUCUUCGUGUGUUCAGCCGGUGCAUGCAACCCUCCGGCCCUCUUCACUAAUCCAAACCGGGAGCAAAUUGAUUGGCAUUAAUGGCUCUUUCCUGUCAAUGGAGCAGGGGCGAGGCUCCGCGCAUGCGCCGUGGUGUCCUUUCAUUGGGACGAGGGCUCGCGAGCGGUCCCUCCCUCCUCCCCUCUCUCCGUCUCACUCCGUCUGGGAAGGAAACAAAUAAUAAAAGAAGGUUUGGUGCAUCGGCGGAGACCGGGCGGCUGCCAGGAAGCGAACCGGAGUUCAGAGACAACUUUUAUUUCCAUCUUGUGGCCUCCCGAGGACAGUUUGAAUCCCGCUAUUUCUUCUUCUUCUGCUUCUUCUUCUUCGUCGUUUCCGUUAUCCUCGUCGCGGUAAUCCGGUAGCAUCCCGUCGCAUUGAUAGCGGUUCACGACGCAGCGCGAGAGACGAAACCACCGGCGAGAUGUCUGGCUACCAGGGCAAGAAGAACAUCCCCCGCAUCACAAGUGACCGUCUCCUCAUCAAAGGCGGGAAGAUUGUGAACGAUGACCAGUCCUUCUGCGCUGACAUCUACAUGGAGGAUGGAAUCAUCAAACAAAUCGGGGAGAGUCUCAUCGUGCCCGGCGGGGUGAAGACCAUCGACGCCCACGGCCGCAUGCUGAUGCCGGGCGGCAUCGACACGCACACGCGUUUCCAGAUGCCCGAUCGGGGGAUGGUGUCCGCCGACGACUUCUACCAGGGCACCAAGGCGGCGCUGAGCGGAGGCACCACCAUGAUUAUCGACCACGUGGUUCCGGAGCCCGGCGUCAGCCUCAUCACGGCCUUCGAGCAGUGGCGCGAAUGGGCCGACAGCAAGUGCUGCUGCGACUACUCGCUGCACGUCGACAUCACCGAGUGGCACAAGGGCGUCCAGGAGGACAUGGAGGCGCUGGUGAAGGACCACGGCGUCAACUCUUUCCUCGUCUACCUGGCUUAUAAGGAUGUUUUCCAGCUGACUGACGCUCAGGUGUACGAGGUGUUCAGCGUGAUCCGCGACCUGGGAGCCAUCGCCCAGGUGCACGCCGAGAACGGGGACAUUGUGGCCGAGGAGCAGCAGAAGAUCCUGGAGCAGGGCAUCACCGGGCCUGAGGGACACCCGUUGAGCCGGCCUGAAGAGGUGGAGGCGGAGGCCGUGAACCGCUCUGUGACGGUGGCCAACCAGACCAACUGCCCCCUCUACAUCACCAAGGUGAUGAGCAAGAGUGCUGCUGAUGUCAUCGCCCAGGCCAGGAAGAAGGGCACCGUGGUCUACGGAGAGCCGAUCACCGCCAGCCUGGGGACAGACGGCUCCCACUAUUGGAGCAAGAACUGGGCCAAGGCCGCGUCCUACGUCACCUCCCCUCCCCUGAGCCCCGACCCCACCACCCCGGACUAUCUCAACUCCCUGCUCUCCUGUGGUGACCUGCAGGUGACGGGCAGCGCCCACUGUCCCUUCAACACCGCCCAGCGGGCCGUGGGCAAAGACGACUUCAGCCUGAUCCCCGAGGGCGUCAACGGCACCGAGGAGAGGAUGUCCAUCAUCUGGGACAAGUGUGUGGUGACCGGCAAGAUGGACGAGAACCAGUUUGUGGGCGUGACCAGCACCAACGCCGCCAAGAUCUUCAACCUGUACCCCCGCAAGGGUCGCAUUGCCGUGGGCUCGGACGCCGACCUGGUGCUGUGGGACCCGGACGUCACGAAGAUCCUCUCCGCCAAGACCCACCACUCGAACGUGGAGUACAACAUCUUUGAGGGCACGGAGGUGCGCGGCGGCCCCCUGGUGGUCAUCAGCCAGGGCAAGAUCGUGCUGGAGGAAGGGACCGUCCACGCCGCCGAGGGCUCGGGGCGCUUCGUGGCCAGGAAGCCGUUCCCCGACUACGUGUACAAGAGGAUCAAAGCCCGCAGCAGGCUGGCCGAGCUGAGGGGCGUGCCCAGAGGGCUGUAUGACGGCCCCGUCUGCGAGGUGUCCGUCACGCCUAAGACCAUGACCCCCUCCUCCUCCGCCAAGACCUCGCCGGCCAAGCAGCCCAACCAGCCCGUCCGCAACCUGCACCAGUCGGGAUUCAGCCUCUCCGGCGCCCAGGUCGACGACAACAUUCCUCGCCGGAGCACCCAGCGCAUCGUGGCGCCGCCGGGCGGCAGGGCCAAUAUCACCAACCUGGGUUAGAGGCCCCUCCCCCCUCCCUCCACCCAUCGGGCCGCCGACGGGAGGAAAACGUGAGAGCCACCGCCCGGCCGCCGCCUGCCGCUUCCCACGGGCCCACUCUGGCUCCUCCCCCUAAACCCUCGCCACCCCCCCCCACCCCACUCCGAUCCUAGAGGACACCGUUAGAAAAAACCCCAACAACAACAAGAAAAAAAAGGUCUGCCUCGUAUGAUGACAAAAAAUGAAAGCACUCAUCUGAGCACUUUUGACUGUAUAAUUUCAUUAUUGUUAUUAUUAUAAUUUUUUACACCGUAUUUUCUCCCUGCAAUGUGUCCGUUUGUUUUACCGUUGUUUAAUAGAGUGAGACUAAACUGAAUUCACAGCGCUCGGAGAAGAGGAACAUUUCCACGUGGGGUGCUCGUCGUGUUUCCCCUUUGUCUAAAAUACAGUAUUGUUUAUUUUUUGUUUAUUAAAAAAAUAAUCAAUUCUU